GAGAGGAGAGGAGGCAGAGUUUGGGUGAACAGCUUCGCUCAGACAUUUUAGUUAGCAGCUGUGGGGGCUCGUGAGAUUCUUCUUCUUGGGUUUUGGGAGUCGCUAGUUGUUGUCAGUUCUGCCUGGUGUCUAGCUAGUCGAGCCUCUUUCUCUGUUCUGUUAGCUAGAUCCUCUCCUGUUGUCACUGCUGCCUGUAGCUGACGCUCUGCAAACAUAGGACCUGUUGGAUUAUGGACUGUUAAUAACAGACCUACGUUACUACACACCAGCUUCUGUUUCCCCUCUCUCUCUCUCUCUCUCUUCCAGCUGUUACUAUAGUAACCACCAGUCAUGGGGAAGCAGAACAGCAAACUCCGCCCUGAGGUGAUGCAGGAUCUGCUGGAGAGCACGGACUUCACGGAGCAUGAGAUCCAGGAGUGGUACAAGGGCUUCCUGAGAGACUGCCCCAGCGGGAACCUCUCCAUGGAGGAGUUUAAGAAGAUCUACGGUAACUUCUUCCCUUACGGAGACGCCUCCAAGUUCGCAGAGCACGUCUUCCGCACCUUCGACGCCAACGGGGACGGGACCAUCGACUUCCGGGAGUUCAUCAUCGCUCUGAGCGUCACGUCGCGGGGCAAGCUGGAGCAGAAAUUGAAGUGGGCCUUCAGCAUGUACGACCUGGACGGGAACGGAUACAUCAGCAAGUCUGAGAUGCUGGAGAUCGUACAGGCCAUCUAUAAGAUGGUAUCGUCUGUGAUGAAGAUGCCAGAAGACGAGUCCACUCCAGAGAAGAGAACGGAGAAGAUCUUCAGACAGAUGGACACCAACAGAGACGGUAAACUGUCUCUGGAAGAGUUCAUUAAAGGGGCUAAAAGUGACCCCUCCAUCGUGCGUCUGUUACAGUGUGACCCCAGCAGCGCUGGGCAGUUCUAAACCGCCCUACCUUGGGGGUCAAGACAAUUGCUUAUUUGGGUGAAUCCAAAUAGCCCCUACCCCCCUCCACCUUUGGAGCAAACUGAUGAAGAAGACAAGCCUUCAAAUGAUGACACUGAAGACAACGGGCCAAUGAGAGCCAGCCAUGUUCUCCAGACUCCUCCUCCUCCUCUAACCACUCCCAGCAGCAACCUGACACCAUCUCCAGGCUCUCAUGAUCCCAGUCAUGAUGUGAUCCAGUCCACUCGCCGUGUAUUCGAUAAGUCCUAGGGUUUACAUCCCAAAUCGCACCCUGUUCCCUGUAUAGCAGUACCUUAAGCCCGGUAGGCCCUGGUCUGCAGUAGUGCACUACGUAGGGAAUAGGGCCCUGGUCUGCAGUAGUGCACUACGUAGGGAAUAGGAUGCUGUUUGAGACGUAUCCCAUCCUGUUUUAAGGUUGUAAACCGGACUCUCUGUUUGGUUCUCAACGCUCCGUACUGGACACACCCACUGCCCUCAACUAGGUCCUCCUAGCUCUUGUGUGUAUCGUAAACAGUUAGAGAGAGAGGGAAUGAGAGAGAGAGAGGGAAUGAGAGAGAGAGAGAGGGAUGGAGAGAGAGAGAGAGAGAGAGAGAGGGAUGGAGAGAGAGAGAGAGGGAUGGAGAGAGAGAGGGAUGGAGAGAGAGAGAGAGGGAUGGAGAGAGAGAGAGAGGGAAUGAGAGAGAGAGGGAAUGAGAGAGAGAGGGAGAGUGAAUGAGAGAGAGAGAGGGAAUGAGAGAGAGAGAGGGAAUGAGAGAGAGAGAGGGAAUGAGAGAGAGAGAGGGAAUGAGAGAGAGAGAGGGAAUGAGAGAGAGAGAGAGGGAAUGAGAGAGAGAGAGGGAAUGAGAGAGAGAGAGAGAGAGAAUUGUUUUGAGUUAUUUUACUGUUAGAAUGUGGAUGUAUGUGUGGGUGUGUUUUUCAAGCUUGAUACACUUGUGUUUUAGUUGUAAUAUUUUGAAUUGAUAUUUGUGCUGGUAUUUUUCAAAUAUGGGGUCUCCAUAUCGUACUAUGCAGAUACUGUUAAAGGCCUUUAGUGAUGGUUUGAAGUACCUCUAGUGAAUUAAAGGAAGAGGACUGUCCCCAGGGGAAGUGUCCCAAAUGGAACCCUAUUCCCUAUAUAGUGCACUACUUUAGACCAGAACCCACCCUAUCCCCUAUAUAGUGCACUACUUUAGACCAGGACCCACCCUAUUCCCUAUAUAGUGCACUACUUUAGCCCAGGACCCACCCUAUUCCCUAUAUAGUGCACUACUUUAGACCAGGGCCCUAUUCCCUAUAUAGUGCACUACUUUAGACCAGAACCCACCCUAUCCCCUAUAUAGUGCACUACUUUAGAGCAGAACCCACCCUAUCCCCUAUAUAGUGCACUAAUUUAGACCAGAACCCACCCUAUUCCCUAUAUAGGGUCCUGGUCUGCAUUAGUGCACUAUAUAGGGAAUAGGGCCCUGGUCUGCAGUAGUGCACUAUAUAGGGAAUAGGGCCCUGGUCUGCAGUAGUGCACUAUAUAGGGAAUAGGGCCCUGGUCUGCAGUAGUGCACUAUAUAGGGAAUAGGGUGCCCUUUUGGGACACUUCCUGUCACAGAUAAUGUGGUUAUUGAUGUUAACUUACGUGGUUAUUUUUGACAUGUUUCUCUUAAAUACUUUUGUUUUGUAAAACUUUAUUUUUUAAAUAUUUAAAAUGUUAGAAUGAUCCUUUCAGCAGAGCCUCCAAGGCAUUUGUUCACAGCCUUCGGUUAUGGGCUGUUAAUAAGUUAAUAACUUAAUAAGUUAAACGAGAGAUCCCUCCUCUCCUGAAAGUAGAAAACAGAAAAAGGUUGACAGAACAAAUGUUAUGAGAUGCGUUUCCAGUUGUUUAAAAGGAUAUCGAGCAAUUCUGUUUGUAUUUCUCAUCUACUGUUGUGAAGAGAAACCACGUUUCAAUCUGGGGGGAGGGGUUUAUUUUAAAAAGAGGGGCUUGUGGCCUCCCGCCCAGUGAUGUUGUGAAGAGAAACAACGUCACAUUUCAUUUGAGAUGUUUCGACUGGGGCAUGUUACACACGUUUCAAUCUGGGGGGAGGGGUUUAUUUUAAAAGGAGGGGUUUUGUUUUGGAACAGGUUCCUGUUCGUACGGUGCAUGUGUGUGUUCAUGCUAAACACGUUUCAAUCUGAGGGGAGGGGUUUAUUUUAAAAGGAGGGGUUUUGUUUUGGAACAGGUUCCUGUUCGUACGGUGCAUGUGUGUGUUCAUGUGCUGAUGGUUUUCAGUGGUGAUGGACGAGCUUGUGGCCUCCCGCCCAGUGAUCCUCCCGCCCAGUGAUCCUCCCGCCCAGUGAUCCUCCCGCCCAGUGAUCCUCCCGC